UUGUUAGGGGAGAUGUCAAUCGGACCAGAAUACAAGAAGAAAUAUGGUCUUAUCAUACCAAAAAGUAAAGAAGCAGCCCCGGUCAAGAAGCGACCUCUAAGUUCAGUGUUUAAUAUUGACAGCGAUGAGGAGGAUGAGGCACCUAAGAAACAAGCACCAAGCACAGCUUUUAAGAAUAUGAAGAGACAAGCAAAGAUAGACAUUCAGCGAGCUCUCGAGGACGACCCCUCAGUGUAUCAGUAUGAUGAGAUAUAUGACACAAUGAAGGAAGACAAACAGAAGAAGGUUGCUGUGGCUAAACAAGAUAAAACUUCCAAGUAUGCUAAGAAUCUCAUCAGGAAUGCUGCGGUCAGGAAGUUGGAGAAUGACAGACAUUUUGAAAGGCAAUGUCAGAGAGAACUAGAAGACGAAGGAGAUGAGUUUGCUGACAAGGAAUCAUUCAUUACUUCUUCCUACAAAAACAAGCUUGCGGAGUUGGCGGUGUUGGAGGAAGAACACAAGCGCAUGGCUGAAGAGGAGAAGAAGAAUGAUGUCACCAAGAAACGGGAUCUAACUGAUUUCUACAGAGAUAUACUAUCACAGCGGACUGCUGAGGUUGCUUCCAGUGUGGCUAGCAGUGUGUCUCAAGCCAAACCUGCUGCUCCUCCAGCUAAAGAAAUGGAGGAAUCUCCAGCGCCCUCAGAACCUCAACCUGCAUCUCCAACACAAACAGAACCUAAAUCUCCAGAAGAAAAAACUGUAAUCAAAAAGAUAAGGACAGAAAAACAAAGAACGUACAGGUCACGUCGUGUAACUUCAGACCAAGUAAGGUCACGUGACACUGCCAGUGAAGGGGGAUCUGAUAGUGAAACUGAGAGUGAAGUAGUCAAGCCUUCCACUAGUAGCGCUAACACAACGGAGAAGACAUCACCUGAGAAAGCUAAAGGAUCGGAAGAUGAAAAAAAUCUGGAUAAAGACGAUAGUGACAGUUCUGAUAGUGAGGAGGAUGAAAAAGAGGAGGAGAAUAAAGAGGGAGAAGAAGAAGAAGGAGAAGAAGAGGCAGGUCCUGCAGAGGUGAAGAAGUUGUUGAUGACCGAAGCGGAGCAGCGGGAGGAGCGAGUAAGACUGGUAAAGGAGUCCUGUAAGAAGCGUAACACUCCAGAUACCAUCAAAUCAGCAAUUGAGAGAUAUUGGAAGCGCCAAGCUGCAGUAGCUACAUGAGUAAUGCAAGGGGAUUGAUUUAUCUGUAUUUUAAAAUUGACAAUCUCAAAUAACUGUGCGUAUUCCUAUAUUGUUAUCUGUAAAGGAAUAGCAGCCGGUCCACAAUUUUUGGAAUAAUUUGAUAUUAUAAGAUGGUUCCUCUUCCUUAUGAACAGUGUUGUCACUUGUCACUGUUAUGUGCUUUCAGAAAAACCCCGACCUAAUGAGAUUAUUUAUUGAACUUUUACUUAUAUUAUAAAUGUUUAUGCAACUUAUCUUCAUUAAAUGCGUGUGAUCUGUUAUUAUGUUUAAUGUUCCGAAGCUUAAAAUAUUUAUUUCUAUGAAUCGGGAAUAAAUUUAGAUAGGUUUGAAAAUUUUUCUCC